CCCGGACAGUAUUAGGCAACGCAUACAGGAAACACACGUCCCGAGUAAGAGAAACAGCGACACCACAUUUUGAUCCUCUGUUCUCUGCAUGUGUCAACCAACCGGGAUUUUUCUACCAAAUCAGCAUAGUUUUUUUUACUUUCUUCACCAGUUCUUUUACUUUAAAUCACCAGUGUUUCACAUGAAGCUGUAAACUCAUUAAACAAUGGUCGGAGUGAAGAAGUCAUCGUUACUUAGGAACCGAAACUGAGAACUCUGGAUCCUUUAGGCUCCGUCUGUGACAGUGACAAUGGGGAAGAAAAGGGGAAAGGACAGGACCUCCAGAGAGGAGGAAGAAAUCGACCUGUCAGGUCCAAACUGCAGACAUAUUAAAAAGGGAACAGAACAAACUCUUCUAAAAAAACUCUCUGGGGACACGGAUUGGAUAAAUUGCCAGGAUUGCAAGCCAGAAGUAAAUAAGGAGAAUAUUUGUACCACCCUGCCACAGGAGGAUGAAGAAGAAACUGAAAGAGCCCCUGUUUGGAUGUGCUUGAAAUGUGGUCAUAGAGGAUGUGGGCGAACCUCUGAGAACCAGCAUGCAAUCAAACACUAUGAGACACCUCGGUCAGAUCCACAUUGCCUGGUGAUCAGUUUGGACAACUGGAGCGUAUGGUGUUACAUAUGUGAUGAUGAAGUCCAGUACUCCAGGACUGGACAUUUAGCACAGCUGGUGACCAGCUUAAAAAAACAAGCCUCUGCAGAGCCCAUUAAGAGACCACAGAAAAGAGUGAAGGAGGAAGACAGCUUGGUGGAAGAUGAGUCGAAGAUGGAGACAGUGAUAGCAGAUGAAAAAGAGGACAAGGACAACAAAGAGGACAAGGACAACAAAGAGGACAAGGACAACAAAGAGGACAAGGACAACAAAGAAAACAAGGACAACAAAGAGGACAAGGACAACAAAGAAAACAAAGAAAACAAGGACCGUCAAAAGAAAAACAUCAAGAAAGAAAUUGUUGGAAAAUUACAAAAGCCUGUCCCAUCUGAAGAAAGUGGCGGUGUUUCAGUAAAGGGGUUGAGCAACCUGGGAAACACGUGUUUCUUUAAUGCAGUCAUGCAGAGUCUUUCUCAAACCCAUCUCUUAAGACAGACCCUCAACAAAGUGAUAGAAGACAAAAUGAGUCUUAACAUUAAACCUGUUGCCUCCCCAGAGCUGGAGCCUCUCACAGUGCAGUUAGACCAGCCAGGCUCCCUGACUAUGGCGAUGUGUCAGCUCCUCAAUGAGAUCCAGCAAUCCAAGAAGGGUGUGGUAACGCCACGGGAGUUGUUCACACAAGUUUGUAAAAAGGCGGCCAGAUUCAAAGGAUUUCAGCAGCAAGAUAGCCAGGAGCUGCUGCGUUACCUUCUAGAUGGGAUGAGAACUGAGGAAAUCAAGAGAGUGGGCUCCGGGAUCAUGGAGGUUUUAAAAGAAUCUAGAAAAGGCACAGAUGCAGAGCAGCUCAAAACACUAGUUAAGGAGUACGAGAAAAAAGGAUCUCCAAAAAACUUUGUCGACUACAUUUUCGGUGGGGAAACUACCAGCACUAUAAUGUGCCAGCAGUGCAAAACAGUGUCUGUAGUCACAGAGAUGUUCCUGGAUCUUUCCCUUCCUGUUUCAGAUGAGGCAUACAGGAAGAAGAACCAGAAAAAAAGUGUUCAGAAAUCCAGUGAAUCCAGUCAGGAUGACAGAGAAAGCCCUGCUUUGACCAAUGGAAGUGAUGGUGUUGCUUCUGGGACUGGCAGCAAGUACCAGCAGAAGAAAGCCAAGAAGCAGGCAAAGAAGCAAGCCAAGCAACAAAAGAGGCAGCAGAAGUUUGAGGGGAGAACUACUUUGGACAGUCUCACAACUACAAGCAACACAGAGAAUGAACCAACAGACGAGGCUGCAGAUUCAAAGGAAGAGGCAAACGCUGACAGUGAAGUGCAAGAGGAAGAAAAUCCUGAACAAAUCAGUGUGUCAGAAAAGAUCCAGGACAACCCUGAUGACACUGUCCAGGACAAAAAGGAAGAAGAAGAAGAAGAAGAAGAAGAGGGCGAUGAUGAUUCAGUGACCGACUGCGACUCAUCAACAGUGUCAUCCGUCAGUAAUCGUUUCACCGUCUUAUCAGAGGAGCAGCAAUCGAAGGACGGCACCACAGACGCUGACAAAACAUCUGACAUCGACCAGGAGGGAGAAGAAGACGUAGAGCUGGUGAGUGAAAUGGAGAAAGUAACCCUGGAUGACGCCUUCAUUGAAGACUCUGAUGCCGUGGAACAGAUCAUGGAGAAUGAAGACGAGCCGCUGGAAGCUAAAGAGUAUACUGUAGUCAGUCAGGACCCAGAGCUGGCCUUCCAAACUCUGGCAACCAGGGCAGCCCCGGAGAAACAGGAGUGUUCAGUGCAGUCAUGCCUCUUUCAGUUCACAGAAGUGGAAACUCUCACACAGAACAACAGCCUGCUGUGUGUCACCUGCACUAAACGGCAAACCAGCAAAGACAAAGCUGGAGGAUCCAAGAAAAACAUUUACACCGAUGCCUUGAAGCAAAUGCUGAUCUCAUCUCCUCCUCCAGUGCUCACCCUUCAUCUGAAGAGGUUUCAACAGAAUGGAUACAGUAUUUGCAAAGUGAACAGACACGUCCAAUUCCCUCUGAUAUUGGAUCUUGCUCCCUUCUGUGGGGUUAAAAGCAAGACUGUGACAGAGGGAGACACUCAGAUUUUGUACAGCUUGUACGGUAUAGUCGAGCACAGCGGAACAAUGCGGUCAGGUCAUUACACUGCAUAUGUGAAAGCACGACCUGAGUGUCCUAAAUCCCUAUCGAAUGGACUUACAGCACCAGGAGAUGCAGAGCUACAAAGAGGAUCCUGGUUCCAUAUCAGUGACACAAGUGUUCAGCCUGUCAGCGAGAGUAAAGUGCAGAGUUGUCAAGCCUACCUCCUCUUCUAUGAAAGAAUCAUGUAAUCCAUCUGUGCCUUACUACUCAGGAAACGCAAACAGACCAACCUGCUACUGCUGCUGCUGCUACUGCUUCAGUCCUGCAGCACAAGUUAUAACAAACAGUCCAUCAACCUCAGCCUGAUUUGUCACAGCCGCACUUCGAAAUGUUAUGAAAUUAUAUUGAUUAUGCAGAAGGGA